ACUCGAUAUCUUCAUGCAGAAGCAAAGUGUACAUGAAUUGAUCACAAAAAAUUUAUAUUUCAACUUGAAAUGUUUGUUUUUAUUAUUUUACUGUGUUAUCUAUACCUGCUGUGAGCAGUAUAUAAAUGGUAGAAAUUUAUAUUAAACACUAUAAGUGUAACUAAAUAAGUCUAAAGAAAAAUAAGGCAGAAGAUUCCAAUCAUGGCUAUAUCAAAUGAUGUAAUUCAUUAUUUGGAAAUUAUUCUUAUUCUUAUUACGUUGUGCACCUGCAGCAAUGCUUCUGAAUUAAAUGAGGAACAACUAUCCAGGGAUAAAGAAAUUGCACGUCUCACAGCUUCAGGAAUGGUUGAACCAGAAUUGUUUUACGACUUAAUGCACAAGGAAAAUUUUGAUAACAAUUGCUCAUUGUCAUAUAGAUUAUAUGAAAUGGGGAGAAAUACUCAUAGACAUAUAUUGUAUCAUUUAGGUAAUAGCAAGAAUUUGGGUUAUGAUUGGUACUUUUACGGUUUAAGGCAUUUUAAAGAUAUGUAUUAUAAAGUAGCUAAGAUAUAUAAUAUUUUUAAUUUGUCAUCUGUAAUAAGUUUUGAAGAUGCCUUUUCCAUUGCAUAUUACACUAAUUAUGGCUUUGAACGAAUAAGACAAGACACGGAUGAGGGUAGACAAAUGAGGAAUGCUUUCUACAGAUUAGCAAUAGUACAAUCCAAAGAUCCAAGUAAAUAUCAUAAUUCUAUAUUGUAUCGAGGACAAAGCGAACUCAAUACGUGGUAUGAAACACAUUAUUAUAUAAAUGGAACGGCAACAUUGACAAGAUUUACUUCAACAUCAUUAAAUGAAGCAGUAGCAGCUACCUACGCGACAGACAGAAAAAAUGCAACUAACAUGACUUCAACAGUUUAUGAAAUGCAUUUUCCACCCUGUUGAAAAUUCCGACCUCGUUUACG